AUGACAGGCACCACACAUAUCUUCAACAGCCAAUCGAUCACUGGAAAACCAAAACAACAAGAAACUCUAAGUGAAGAAGAGCUUGAUGAGUUUCUUACUUCUCUACCCAAAGAAAAAGGAUGGAGAACACCCAAUUUGUUCCUCUUCCAAGGCUUCUGGUGUCAACCCAAGGAAAUCCGAGCCAUAAUUUCUAUACAAAAUCAUUUUAUAGCUCAAGAUACCGACGUGAUACUCGCCACCAUACCAAAAUCCGGCACCACUUGGCUAAAAGCACUCACAUUCGCCAUUGUUAACCGGAACAACUUCAAUGUUAACCAUAACCACCCUUUGCUCACUCACAAUCCUCAUGAACUCGUACCCUUCCUCGAGUACAAACUUUACGCUGAUUCUAACCGCCUCCCUGAUCUCUCCCUCCUUCCUUCUCCGAGGAUUGUCGCUACCCACGUACCUUUCGGUGCAUUACCCGAUUCGAUUAAGACCUCAAAUUGCAAAAUUAUUUACAUUUGCAGGAACCCUUUUGAUACCUUUGUAUCAAUUUGGCAUUACCUUUGCAAAAUCAGGCCUGAAUCUCUGGGUCCUCUUCCAAUUGAGGAAGCGUUCGAUUUGUAUUGCAGAGGAGUUACAGGGUAUGGUCCUUACUGGGACCAUAUGUUGAGUUACUGGAGAGAAACUGCACCAAACAAGGUGUUGUUCUUGAAAUAUGAAGAGAUGAAAGUAGAUGCAUGUAAUCAAUUGAAGAAAUUAGGCGAGUUUUUGGGGUUCCCUUUUACAGAGGAAGAGGAAAAAGAAGGAGUAAUUGAAGAUAUCUUAAAUCUUUGUAGUUUCCAGAACAUGAAAGAUUUAGAGGUGAAUAAGCAAGGGAAAGGAGCAAUUUCAGACUUUGAAAACAGAGAUUUGUUCAGGAAAGGUGAGAUUGGGGAUUGGAGGAAUUAUUUUACACCUUCCAUGUUUGAGAGACUUUCCAAUGUUAUGGAUGAGAAAUUAGAAGGCUCAGGGAUUACCUUCACAGUCAGUUGACUGUACAAAUCAAGGC